AUGCGUGGGCAGAAGCCGGGCAAGGGGUCCAGGCCGGCAGGCCUGGUCCUGCCUGUGCUCAUCCCCUCGCUUCUGCACCUGAAGACAUCCCUGUGCCAGUACAGUUUCUACGUGGCCGCCCAGGGCAUCGGCUGGAGCUACGGCGCCGAGCGCGCGGAGCACAGUUUGAAUUCUUCUGCAACUACCUUUAAGAAAAUUGUCUACAGAGAGUAUGAUGCGCAUUUUCAGAAAGAAAAACCACGAUCUAAAACUUCAGGACUUCUUGGGCCUACUUUAUAUGCUGAAGUUGGAGACAUCAUGAAAGUUCACUUUAAAAAUAAGGCAAACAAGCCCUUAAGCAUCCAUCCUCAAGGGAUUAAGUACAGUAAAUUCUCAGAAGGUGCUUCCUACCCUGACCACACAUUCCCUGCGGAGAAGAUGGAUGAUGCUGUAGCUCCUGGCCGAGAAUAUACCUACGUGUGGACCAUCAGCGAGGACAGUGGGCCCACUCACGAUGACCCGCCGUGCCUCACAUAUAUCUAUUACUCCUAUGAAAAUCUGACACAGGACUUCAACUCUGGGCUGAUCGGACCUCUGCUUAUUUGUAAGAAAGGCACCCUCACCGAGGAUGGGGUUCAGAAGAUGUUUGACAGGCAGCAGGUGCUCAUGUUCGCUGUGUUUGAUGAAAGCCAGAGCUGGAGCCCGUCACCAUCCGUCAUGUACACGGUCAACGGCUAUGCACACGGGACGAUGCCAGGUAUCACGGUGUGUGCCCAGGACCACAUCAGCUGGCAUCUGAUUGGGAUGAGCUCUGGCCCAGAGCUGUUCUCCAUUCAUUUCAACGGCCAGGUCCUGGAGCAGAACCAUCAUAAGAUCUCAGCCUUGACCCUCGUCAGUGCUACGUCUGCGACUGCGAACAUGACCGUGGGCCCGGAGGGAAAGUGGAGCAUAUCUUCUCUCAUCCCCAAACAUUUACAAGCCGGGAUGCAGGCUUACGUGGCCAUUGAGAACUGCGCGAAGAGAACGAGACGCCCGAAGACGCUGACCUUGGCGCAGAGGCGGCACAUGAAGCGGUGGGAAUACUUCAUCGCCGCGGAGGAAGUCAUCUGGGACUACGCGCCUGUCAUACCAGCGAACAUGGACAAAAAAUACAGAUCUCUGCACUUGGAUAAUUUCUCCAACCAAAUUGGAAAAAAUUAUAAGAAGGUUGUGUACAGACAAUACCAAGAUGAGUCCUUCACCAAACGCCUGGAGGAGUCCGAUAGCCAACAAAACGGGAUCUUGGGCCCUAUUAUCAGAGCCCAGGUCAGGGACACGCUCAAAAUCGUGUUCAAAAACAUGGCGAGCCGCGUCUACAGCAUUUACCCCCACGGAGUGACCUUCUCUCCGCUCAAAGAUGAAGUCAACUCCUCCUCCUCCGGCAGUAACACCAUGAUCAGAGCCGUUCAGCCAGGGGAAACCUACACUUAUAAGUGGAAUAUCCUAGAGUCUGACGAGCCCACAGAAAAUGAUGCCCAGUGCUUAACAAGACCAUACUACAGUGAUGUGGACGUCGUAAGGGACAUUGCCUCUGGGCUGAUAGGGCUACUUCUAAUUUGUAAGAGCAGAUCCCUGGAUAAGCGAGGCAUACAGAGGGCAGCAGACAUCGAGCAGCAGGCUGUGUUUGCUGUGUUUGAUGAGAACAAGAGCUGGUACAUUGAGGACAACAUCAACAAGUUUUGUGAAAACCCUGAGAAGGUGAACCGCGACGACCCCAAGUUUUACGAGUCAAACAUCAUGAGCACCAUCAAUGGCUACGUGCCCGAGAGCAUAUCCACACUAGGAUUCUGCUUUGAUGACACCAUCCAGUGGCACUUCUGCAGUGUGGGAACCCAGGAUGACAUUUUGACCAUUCACUUCACUGGGCACUCCUUCAUCUAUGGCAAGAGGCAUGAGGACACGCUGACCCUCUUUCCUAUGCGUGGGGAAUCUGUGACCGUCACAAUGGAUAACGUUGGAACUUGGAUGUUAACUACCAUGAAUUCUAAUCCAAGAAGCAAAAACCUACAGCUGAGAUUCAGGGAUGUUAAAUGUACCCCGACUGAUGAAGAAAACGACUAUGAAAUCUAUGAAUUUCCAGAAUCUACACCCAUGAUGACUACGCGGAAAAUGCGCAAUUCUUCGGAAAAACAAAGUGAAAGGAAUAAUGGCGACGUUGAUUACCAUGACGAGCUGGCUUCAUCCCUGGGAUUCAGGUCAUUCAGAAAUUCAUCACCGAAUCGCGAGGGAGAAGAGUUCAACCUUACCGCCCUCGCCCUGGAGAACAGCUCUGAAUUCAUUCCUCCAAGUCCUGAUGCCUCUGUCCCUUCAGAUUCUCCUUUUGCAAGCAGCGUUAGCAGGCUCAUUUCCAGUACCUCUGCAGAACCUCACAAAACCCUCCCUCACCCUGAAACCACUGCAGCUGGUCCCCGUGCGGGACACAGCUUAGAAAAGAACUCACUUCUCAACUCUUCCACAGUAGAGCGCUCCAGCCCUUCCGAAGGCCCUGCAGAGGGCCCUCUGCAGUCAAAUGUCACACUUCCACUGGGUGCAGGAGUCAGAAGUCAAGAACACACUAAACAUAAGGGAUUCGAGGCAGGGAGCGACCGAGAGGCAAGGCACAGGUUCCCCCAGAUGGAAUUUCUAGAACAUAAAAUUGGGAGACAUUCAAGCCGAGACAACUCUUCUUCCAGAAUGGGGCCCUGGAAGGACCUUCCCAGUGAUCUGUUACUCUUAGAACAGAAGAAUCCGUCUAGGAUUUUGAAUGGGAAAUGGCACUUGGCUUCUGAAAAAGGUAGUUAUAAAAUAAUCCCAGAGGCUGAUAAGGUGAUGGCGGUUAAUAAGCUGCUGGGCAGCCCCUGGAAUGCCUCAAGGACGUGGGGAGAAGGCAUCCUUCUUACAAACAAGCGUGGAAAGCAAGAGGGCCACCCACAGCUUUCUGGAAUUAGACAUAGGUUUCUACCAGUAAGAAAGGAUGGAGGAAGGAGUGGACGGAAGAAUGGCACUGUUCUCAUUCGGACACGAAGAAAGAAGCUUGCACACCACGUCCCUCUCUCUCCAAGGAGUUUCCACCCUCCCAGAAGGGAGGCCAGCAUCCCACUUUCAGACUCGCUCCCCAAGGCCAGGGAAGCAUCUCUUCCCACAGACCUCAAUCAGACAUCCCCCCCUGUGAAUCUUAGCCUGAUAGCCUCACUUCCUGACCAUAAUCAGAACCCCCCAAACAACACUGGUCAGACAAGCUUCUCUCCAGAUGUUUAUCAGACAACGGCCCCGGAAGAGCUCUAUCAAACGUCCCCUAUUCCAGACUCUGAUCAAAUGCACUUCACUACAGACCCCAGUCACAAAGCUUCUCCAGACCCUGGCCAGAUGCUUGACAGUGAUCUAAGAAGCCAGUCCUUCCCUACUGACAUUGGACAAAUGUUCCUUUCUGUAGAACUUGAAGCCUGGCAGACAACCAUCUCUCCAGAUCUCAGUCAACCAUCCCUGUCUCCAGAACUUAGUCAGACAAACCUUUCCCCAAACCUCAGCCAGGAGAUUCCUUCUCCAGACUUCAGCCAGCCAACCCUUUCCCCUGACCUCAGACAGACAACCCUUUCUCCUGAUCUUGGUCAGAUGACCCUUUCUCCAGACCUCAGCCAGGCAACUCUCUCUCCAGACGUCAGCCAGGUAACUCUCUCUCCAGAUCUCAGCCAGGAGACUGUCUCUCCAGACUUCAGCCAAGAGAUUCUCUCUCCAGACCUCAGCCAGACGACCCUUUCUCCAGACCUCAGCCAGGAGACUGUCUCUCCAGACCUCAGCCAAGAGAUUCUCUCUCCAGACCUCAGCCAGACGACCCUUUCUCCAGACCUCAGCCAGGAGACUGUCUCUCCAGACUUCAGCCAAGAGAUUCUCUCUCCAGACCUCAGCCAGACGACCCUUUCUCCAGACCUCAGCCAGGAGACUGUCUCUCCAGACCUCAGCCAAGAGAUUCUCUCUCCAGACCUCAGCCAGACGACCCUUUCUCCAGACCUCAGCCAGGAGACUGUCUCUCCAGACUUCAGCCAAGAGAUUCUCUCUCCAGACCUCAGCCAGACGACCCUUUCUCCAGACCUCAGCCAGGAGACUGUCUCUCCAGACCUCAGCCAAGAGAUUCUCUCUCCAGACCUCAGCCAGACGACCCUUUCUCCAGACCUCAGCCAGGAGACUGUCUCUCCAGACUUCAGCCAAGAGAUUCUCUCUCCAGACCUCAGCCAGACGACCCUUUCUCCAGACCUCAGCCAGGAGACUGUCUCUCCAGACUUCAGCCAAGAGAUUCUCUCUCCAGACCUCAGCCAGGAGACUGUCUCUCCAGACCUCAGCCAGGUAACUCUCUCUCCAGACUUCAGCCAAGAGACUCUCUCUCCAGACCUCACUCAGACAGCCCUUCCUCCUGAUCCCAGGCAGACAUCACCUCCUCCGGACCUCGAUCCAGCGUCCUACACUUCUGAGUCUAGCCAGUCACAGCCUCUUCCAGAAUCUGAUCAGGCUUUCCCUUAUUCAGACCUUGGUCAGAUGCCAUCUCCACAACCAUCUCCACUAAAUAACACUUUUAUAACAAGCAAGUUUAACUCAACAGUUAUACUUGGCUUCAGAGGAGAAGAUGGAGAUUACGUUGAGUUUAUACCGAUGGGGAAGGAAGAGAGCAGCGAAGAAAACUCCCGUGAGAUUGAUCUCAUGUUCUAUGAUAACCCCUACCAAACUGACGUCUGGACGGACACCAACUCCUCCAGGAACCCUGACUACAUCGCCUCCUCGUACCUCCGCAGCAGCAAUGGAAACAGGAAACAUUAUUACAUUGCUGCUGAAGAAAUAUCCUGGGACUAUUCAAAAUAUGCCCAAAGGUUUGGCCAUAAAAUGGGUAACGAGGACCCCGAUGAUGCUCCAGAGCACACCGUAUACAAGAAAGUCGUUUUUCGAAAGUACCGUGAUAGCACGUUUACCACCCGUGACCCCCGGGGAGAGCAUGAAGAGCACCUUGGCAUCCUUGGCCCUGUCAUUAGAGCUGAGGUGGAUGAUGUCAUCCAAGUUCGUUUUAAGAAUUCAGCCUCCAGACCAUAUUCCCUUCAUGUCCAUGGGCUUUCCUAUGAAAAAUCAUCAGAGGGAAAGACGUAUGAAGAUGACUCUCCUGAAUGGUUUCAGGAAGACAAUGCCGUUCAGCCAAACAGCAGUUACACCUACGUGUGGCACGCCACCAAGAGGUCCGGGCCCGAGAACCCCGGCUCUGCCUGCCGGGCGUGGGCCUACUACUCAUCCGUGAACGCGGAAAGAGACAUCCACUCGGGCUUGAUAGGGCCCCUUCUGAUCUGCCGGAAAGGAACGCUUCACAAGGAGAGCAGCAUGCCCGUGGACAUGAGAGAAUUUGUCUUCCUUUUCAUGGUCUUUGAUGAAAAGAAGAGCUGGUACUAUGACAAGAAACCCCAGAGUUCUUGGAGACACGUGUCCACAGAAGUAAAACAUUCCCACGAGUUUCAUGCCAUCAACGGGAUGAUCUACAACUUGCCUGGCCUGAGAAUGUACGAGCAGGAGUGGGUGAGGCUCCACCUGCUGAACUUGGGCGGCUCCCGAGACAUCCACGUGGUUCACUUCCACGGCCAGACCCUGCUGGAAAACGGCACCCAGCAGCACCAGCUCGGCGUCUGGCCCCUGCUUCCCGGUUCAUUUAAAACUCUUGAAAUGAAGGCAUCUAAACCUGGCUGGUGGCUCCUAGACACAGAGGUUGGAGAAAACCAGAGAGCAGGGAUGCAAACGCCAUUUCUCAUCAUAGACAGAGAAUGUAAGAUGCCAUUGGGACUAAGCACAGGCAUCAUCGCUGAUACACAGAUCAAGGCAUCUGAGUUUCUGAAUUAUUGGGAGCCCAAAUUAGCAAGAUUAAACAAUGGUGGUUCAUAUAAUGCUUGGAUGACAGAAAAAACUUCAGACUUUGACUCUAAGCCUUGGAUCCAGGUGGACAUGCAAAGGGAAGUCCUGUUCACAGGCAUCCAGUCCCAAGGUGCCAAGCACUACCUGAAGUCCUACUACACCACUGAGUUCCGUGUGGCUUACAGCUCCGACCAGACCAAUUGGCAGAUUUUCAAAGGGAACAGCACCAGGAAUGUGAUGUAUUUUGAUGGCAACUCAGACACCUCUACAGUCAAAGAAAAUCAGUUUGACCCACCAAUUGUGGCUAGAUACAUUAGGAUCUACCCAACUGGAUUCUAUCAAAAACCUGCCCUUCGAUUGGAGCUGCAAGGCUGUGAGAUUAAUGGAUGCUCCACACCACUGGGCAUGGAAAGUGGAAAGAUAGAAAACACGCAAAUCACAGCUUCCUCUUUCAAAAAGUCCUGGUGGGGAGAUUCCUGGAAACCCUUCCUUGCCCGUCUGAAUGCCCAGGGCCGUGUGAAUGCCUGGCAAGCCGAGGCAAACAACAACAAACAGUGGUUACAAAUUGAUCUGCUCAAAAUCAAGAAGAUAACUGCAAUUGUAACACAGGGUUGCAAGUCCCUCUCCUCUGAAAUGUACGUGAAGAGCUACAGCAUCCACUACAGUGACCAGGGAGUGGAAUGGAAGCCUUACAGGCAGAAAUCCUCCAUGGUGGACAAGAUUUUUGAAGGAAAUAGUAAUAUCAAAGGACACGUGAAGAACUUUUUCAACCCACCGAUCAUUUCCAGGUUUAUCCGCAUCAUUCCGAAAACGUGGAAUCAAAGUAUUGCGCUUCGCAUGGAACUCUACGGCUGCGAUAUUUACUAGAACUGAAUAUUCGAGGAGACAGAAAGGACUCAAAGACAUCGAGCCAGUGAGACUGGGCAACGUAUUUUAUAGUAUGUUAAUUUCUCUACUAGAGAAUAAAAUUUUUUAUGUGAAACUUUUAUAAUGUAACUCCAUGCUUCCAUUAAGUGAGAUGAUGCCUAUUAUUUCUGCAUUAAUUUAAAUAUAAUUUUAAUAUAUUAGUUUUAAUGUCAAGAAUCAACAAGAGAUUGCUUAUCUUUCACAAUGAUUAAAUAUGUUACAUGAAGUAAUACUCUGUGCAUGUAGUUAAAAUGCUUCACAAUAGUUCUUUUAAACCCUGAACACAUUAAUAGAAAAGAUAUUAUUUUUUAAAACCAUAUCUGGGCAGCUGU